AUGGCACUUCAACAAGAAGAUCUCAAAGCUCUCGAGCAGACUCGUCAGCGCCUUUUACAUCUAACAUCUAAUAUCGCAUCUUUAAAGACUGGUUUCCAAAGGGGCGCACCUCUACCUGAAUAUUCCUCAGUAAUGACAUCUUCAUCUAUUCUAAGCACAAACAUCCAAUCAGUCAUCGAUCAUCUGGCUGCCAAUAGUGAGAUUCUCUCUCGAAUCGUCGCAUUCCCUUCUACCAAUUUCCCCGGCCGCACACAAGAAGGCCUUCUAUUACAGUUACUACGCAAGAAACUAGAACCGCAAGUCGAAACAUGGGUUGAAGAGGGUCGAAAUUUACAAAUAGAUGGUGCAGGGGAAGGAGCGAAUCAGGGAGAUCUCGAGGAAACGUGGAAAUGGGCAGCGGAAUGGAUUGGGCCGAGGAUAAGGGAAUAUGCAUUGAAUGAAGCGGGCGAUGAGUAUACGGCGGAAGAGAGAGAAAGUGGAGUUGAGAAUGUUAAUACGGGGCUUAAGGAUGAGGAAGAGAGUGAUGAAGAAGAUGAGGAAGGGGACGAGGAUGAUGAGGUUAUGGGGGGAAUGGAUCGAAGUGCCGAAAAGAAAAAGGCGCCAGAGAAGAUAAUUAUGAGAAAAGAUGGUAGGGUGAGAAGUAAAGAAGAAAUCUUGAGAUUCGCUGCCAGUGGGGUUAUCUGA